GAAUAAGUCGCGUUCGGCUCGGUGCUACUCGGCGGCGUCUCCGGGUCCUGGAAGGCGGCAGACGGUCCACGUCAUGACCGACAACUACAGUUGACUCGCAUCCGUGACGACCGCCUGUGGAUGUGGACGGGCUUUCCCGACAACUUCAUGGCGCAUUACCGCCACCUACUGCAGGGGUCAGUCGCGAGGCACAGAUCAUAUGGCCGCUGUUCUGUUUUAGACUUUACAUCUGCCAGACAACAAGCAGCAGCAGCAGCAGCAGAGCAGCUCAGUGUUUCGCGGCGGACAGCAGCACUCGGAGGAUUUUCUUUCUUUCUUGUGGACUCCAGAACACGCGCAGGCUGUGCUGUGGACACGGACAAAUCCCCACAUGAUUCUGCGGAUCUGCCACGGCGGAAGUGUAGCUAAAAACUGUUCUCUGCUGGGGGAUAAUCAAGGAGUCUGAAUCCGCUUGCUGCUGGACCUAAGGAUACACACUUCUCACACCCAGUUCUGUAAGUUAAACAUGGGAGACCAGAGGUCAGUCCAGCCCAUCCUGCUCCUGCCGCCGCUCCUGCUUCUCCUUGCCAGGCUGUCCAAGCUGUGGGCCUUCCCCUUCAGCCCAUCUCUGGACUUGGAUGUCACUCCCAGGACAACGAUCUUCGUCAAAGGUCUGCUGGGCAGCGCUCGCUUCAAUGGCUCCUCCGGGAACUACAGCACCUUCCUGCUGGAGGAGGAGGCCGGGCUGCUGUACGUGGGCGGCAGAGGAGCUUUGUACGCGCUCAACACCUCCAACGUCGCCACACCUGCAAACUCCACGAUUGAUUGGGACGCCUCCCCCGAACAGAGGAAGCAGUGUCUCAACAAAGGCAGAGACAACCAGACAGAGUGUUACAACCACAUCCGCUUCCUGCAGCGAUACAACGAGACUCACCUGUACGCCUGCGGCACAAACGCCUUCAGACCCCUCUGCGCUUACAUAGAUGCACAGCGCUUCAGCUUCUCCUCGGGUUUCGAGGAGGGCAGAGACCGGUGUCCCUACGACCCGGCCAAGGGGUUCACCGGCCUCUUCGUGGACGGCGAGAUGUUCACGGCCUCUCAGUACGAGUUCCGCAGCUCUCCAGACGUGCGCAGGAACUUCCCCUUCCCCACGCUCAGGACCGAGGAGGCCCCGACCCGGUGGCUUCUGGAGGCAGAUUUUGUGGGCUCUGUGCUGCUGAAGGAGAGCGUCAACAGCUCCAUCGGGGACGACGACAAGAUCUACUUCUUCUUCACGGAGAGAAGCCAGGAGCAGAUCGCCUACCCGAGCCAGACCAAGGUGUCCCGCGUCGCCCGAGUCUGCAAGACUGACUGGGGUGGCCAGCGGACCCUGCAGAGGAAGUGGACCUCCUUCCUCAAGGCCCGACUGGUGUGUUCCGUCCCAGAGUACGAGCUGCACCUCAACGUCCUGCGCAGUGUGUUCGUCCUGCAGGGUCGCGACGCUCACAGCAGCGUUUUCUACGGCGUCUUUGGCCUCGAGUGGAAGAAUAUCAAAGCGUCUGCCAUAUGCCAGUACGCCUUUGCAGAGGUGCAGAAGGUUUUCGACGGGCCGUACAUGGAGGCGCAGGACUCAAAGUGGAGGGAGUACACAGGGAAGGUGCCAGAGCCGAGACCUGGAUCUUGUAUAACAGAUCUGCACCGGUCCCAGGGCAUCAACUCAUCUCGAGACCUCCCCGACAGUGUCCUCACCUUUGCCAGGAGGCAUCCGCUGAUGGCCAGCCAGGUGCACCCUGUAGGGGUGCGCCCCCUCUUGUUCAAGCGGAGUGUCAACUAUGUCAAGAUAGUCGUGCACAGGGAGCCGGCACUGGAUGGAAACAUUUACACCGUCCUGUUUUUGGGAACUGACGACGGGUGGUUGCACAGAGCCGUAGACAUCGACGGAGAAAUGCACAUCAUAGAAGAGCUGCAAUUGUUUGAUAAGCCGCAGCCCGUAGAGAGCAUGGUCAUAUCCUCAGCUCUGCGGAGCAUCUAUGUCGGCUCCCACUCCGGAGUCGUGCAGGUGCCGAUGUCGGCCUGUCGGAGAUACACUUCCUGUUAUGACUGCGUGUUCGCCAGAGACCCGUUCUGUGGCUGGGACGGGACGGUGUGUCUAGAAAUAGCUUCACGUGCGCAGAGGUCAAACCUAACCCAGGAUAUUCUGAGAGGGACCAGAGGCUGCAAGGAGAAUUUAGGAAACGUGGUCCACCGGAGGCGCUCGGUGAUGUCCGGUGACGACGUGCUGCUGCAGUGUGAAUUGCGCUCCAACCUGGCAGCUCCACGCUGGACUCUCAACGGCAAAGAACUCCAGGGAUACGACCUGAAUUCGGGCUACCGCAUCGGCACAGACGGCCUCCUCAUAAUCGGAGCUCGCGCCCAACAGGGCGGGUCUUAUCGCUGCUUCGCUGUGGAGAACUCGGCCUCAGUCCUGGUUUAUCUGUACACGGUCAGGGUGCACACCGACCCCUACUUCCCCGUGGAGCCCAUGGCCACGACUAAUCCCACGACAGUGUCCAACCCAGCUGUGUUCUCCACCAGCAGCCCCACCGAGCAGCCACUGCCUUCGCCUCCCGCUCCGCUGCAUCCGGCUCCCGAGUUCCAGACCUACAGUCACAUGGAGGCCGUGUACAUCUCCCUGGUGGCCGUCCUCGGAGGGCUCUGCUUGGUGUUGUCCGUGGUGCUGCUCUACGUGAGCUUCUGCACCAGACGGGCUUCGCGGGACCGAAAGUUCUCCCAGCAAGGGCUGCAGGUCCUGGGGGCCUCCGAGAGAAAAAGGAGCUCCCACUUUGAGCUUAAAACCAUCUCCAGCCACUGCAACGGCCGCCAGGCCCGUCACUCCAUCUCGAUGCCGAACUUCGGGGAUUUGGGCGACGGUUUCCUCCAGAUCGUCCCCGGGAAUGGACAGAUGUCUCCGACAAAAACACCCCCUCCAGCCCCUCCUCUCCCCAUGCCACCUCCCCUCCCCAACAUGGACUAUGCCAACGGGCUGUCGGCCACGCUGCCCAGUGUGCUGAGGAAGAUGAACGGGAACAGCUACGUGCUGUUGAGGCAGGCCGACCACGAGGGCAUGUCGCCGCUCUACCACUCCUUCACGGAGGAGCUCAACCGGAUCCUGGAGAAGAGGAAACACACACAGCUGGACCUGCAGCCUGACGAGAGCUCCAUCUAGGACGCCCACUCUCGGUCUUUAUCCCACAAUUAUUUAUUUUUUUACCCCAACUGUGACCCGUAGUUGUGGGGAGACCUGACUGUAUCAAACACUGCUGUUAGAGAUCCUGGUCUGAAAUGUUCAGCCUCUUUUCUCACUUGAUGAUCUGGAACAUUGAUGCUGCUCAGUGUGGACUGAUGGUAGCCAGAAAUGGACAUGGGUUAAAAAGAGGAAAGACCAGAAGGUGAUCAUGUCUUUUUGAGCCUACAGAAGUGUUCAGGAAGUUUUUAAGGCCACGUAACGAGCUUAAAGUAAUACUUAAGAGGUUGAACGUAAUGUGCCUGGUCCCAUGUGUCGCAAUGAGGAUUUUAUCGCGUUUCUCGUUUGGGAGAAAAAGGUUUAACUAACUCUCCGUUGCCAUUUUUCGCAGGUCUGGACUGUUUAUCACCAAGGCAAAGUCCUUCGAGUCUGAUGGUCAUCAGAGCUUGAUGUGGCUGGAUUUCUUUUUCCUAAUGUAGGAAGUUCAGGGUUUCUUUUUGUUAAUGGGCAAGAAUGAUGGAGGCCAAGGUUUACAAAUUGUUCCACAGUCCCCAAAAAAAAAACCCAAUUCAAUUCAUUCACGGUUUUCCAUCCCACCUGACCUCCAGGUUUGUUGGAUUAAUGGCUAAUAAGGAGAACCCUCCCACCCCUAACCCUUGACGACAGCGCUAACCCUCAGUGCACUCAUCUACCAAAUGUGAGGAUGAGUAAAAAAACUAAACGUAUCUAGACGAGUAUCUUUUUAUUAACCAACCUCAAGAGGAAGCAACACGAUUGUGUUGGGGAAUAUACAGAGCGCGUGGAUGGAAGCAGGGAAGUGGACUACGCUGCAGGAGGAGGUCACGUUUUUCAACCACAUUUUGUUCUUACAGUAAAAAUUGGAAUAUGUUUUAUGGCUGACCUCAUGAUUGAUUCACAUGGGAAGUAAUUUUUUUGGUAAUCGUUUGAUUUAAAAAGAAAAUAGCAGAAAACUUCCUCAUAUUCUCCGAGUCCAAGUUCCAGAGAGAACUUGGGAACUUGAGAGCCUGAAACCAGCAAAAAGUUUAGGGUUUUUGCUUCAUAAAUGACGAUCAGCGGACUUAUUGUCAUGAAUUCAGUCCGAUUAAAAGCCUAAUUUCUUUGUCAAAGGGCAAACUGCAGUCGUUUCAAGCCCAGUUGCACAAAAUAUUACUUUUCUCACUUUAAUAAGAGUUCUGUGACAGCGCAUGAGAGCACAGGUGUAAAGACAAAUUUAAAUGUUUCUCUAUAUUUACACCACGUUUUCCUGAAUCUGUCUUGUUUUUCAUGUAAAUAGCAAUAACUACAUCACUGUUCGCAGCUGUUAGUAGCAAUGUGCUCGACCAGUCCCAAGAGAAACACCUGCAGCAAACACUGAGAGAAGAGACAGAGCUUGAGCUUGAGUAGUCUGUUAAGGUGGAUUGAAUUUGCGGAUGAUCGAGGCUCAGGAGGAUUUAGAGGAAAAACCACGACACUCACACACUAAAGACAAACGGACGGAUGAGAUACUGUAAAGAAUAUUCUUCGCUACUCUCCGUUUUAUUUUUUAAAAACACCUAAACACAUUUUGUCUUUGUCAGGCUGAUGCCCAACAUGUUUGCACCUUGAAGACUUUGCCUUCCCCUGAGACGACGAGAGGAUAGUUUGAUGCCGGUUAUUUCAAAGCGCCGGAUUCUUUCAAAAAUGCUGUUACAAAGAGACAAAGAACAACAGUUAAUGGCGGACAGAUUUGUGUUUGUCCUCUGCUGUGGAAAAGGUUGCUGUUGGCCAGUUUCCAAAGUAGAGAAGACCUUCACAAAGGCCUCCUCUGGGUUUUUGACAUUAGAGCAAUGGAAAAAAAACAACACAAACUGCAGAGCUCACAGUAUUUCAUCUGGCAGCACUAUGAUUAAAAGCAGGUACAGCAGGUAUAACUUUGGAAGUGGCUGAAAUGAAUCUGUGAUUAAUUUGUAAACGUGUCACGGGCCAGUGGAAAAAAUAAAAGAUCCUUCUUUUCCGGCGAAGCCUUGAAUCAGCUGGUGUUAGCGGCGGCAGACUCGCUCUGGUGACUCACGGCGUCGUGCAUCUGUCAGAGCGUCGCUGGAAGUAGCAGCAGCGUUUGGCUCACCUCCAUGGCGAGAGAGAGGAACAGGGGCUUCUGUCUGUUCGCGUGGAGCGAUGUCAUCGUUGCAGGUGGAGGCAGACGGGAAACAUUUGACCUUCAUGUCCCGGUGAGCCACGUACAGGAAACAGAUGAUGAUGAGAUGUGGCAGGACCUGGUUUUACUCCCAGAAGGUUUUCAUCGAUCUCCUUGUUUUCCUUGAAAGACAAAAUGCAUUUCAUGCAGACUGGUCAGGAUGGAAAAGCUUCUGAUUUAAUCCUUCUGUAUGCUUCAAACAAAGUACUCACCUGGUUGCGUGCCUGUGUAUGAAGCUAAAUUUUCAAUUAACUGAAGGAGCCUCUUGGAUGAGAGGGGAAACAUCUUCAAGUAUCCACAGUAUAAUCAAAUCCAGUUGCCCUGGAUGACUGAGAAGAUUAAUAUAUAUAUUUUGUUGGUUUAAUCUUUGCACGACAAAUAUUGUCACUUUUUUUGCGUGUGCAGCACUGUUCAGAUUAAGUAUUUUGGCCGUUCGUUACAGGCGUCAACACUUAAUUUUGACAUGUUCAGGCAACAUGAACUUUUAGUCCACGUCGUUUAUUUACAGAUUGUCUUCCGUCUAGCUGAAUUUACUACAUUCAUCAGUUAUUCUAAAUAUGUUCCUCUUUGCUGUGGCAUGAGGCGAGGGCCAUCCACUUUCACUGUUGUUGUUGUUUGUCUUUUGUGUGUGAAUGACAACAUGGGCAUUAUUUCGGGGCCGAACUGAUCAGAAAACGUCACAAUAUGCAGAUGACAUGCUUUUAUACAUUGUGAACCAAGAACAUUUGUACUGAACACCCUUUCACAUCGAGGGGACAUAUCUGGAUAUAAAUCGAUGACUAUUUAAAUUCUCUAUAAAACGUUUGUCCCACUUGUUGCUCAAACUGUAUUUUGAGUGGUAUUUUUUUUCUCCCGCGUGUGCUGGUUAUUCAUGCAAGCAUGUUUUAAGGUCGCUCCUCUUCAGCGUUAUUAGUUGCCAGUUCAUCCUCUUCCUCUUCAUUCCUCCCCACUCUCCCUCUCUGCUUGCCUGAUCAAUUAGGCACUUGAGUUUGUGUUUUGGCGGAGGCAGGGAUCGGAGAAACGAUGGGAGAUUUUCUGCAUUGGUUCAAAAUAUAAUAGAGGUUGAUCUCACAUUUGUCUUUGCAAGAAUUCCCCUAUAGGUACCAGAGCGAUUGAACAUUAAUCUGUGUAUCUGAAUUUUAACGUCACAAGGCUCGGAAAGACUCACCAGGAUCGAGAUACGAUUUUCUGAUCCAUGCCAAGGUCAACUUGUUGCUAUACUGAACCAUGUAUUAUAUAAAAGCUCCCGCAAUCUAUUUCCCUUCAAGUGGUGGACAAUCUUUAAAUUGUUGGAAGCUUCAUCGGAAUCCGAAACCAUUGCUGCUGCGGCUUCAUUCUCACUCGAGGACAAUCUGUUUACACUAGGCGAUGGCUCUGCACUGAAAACUGGACUAUGGACUAUUAGGUCAAAUCUGUUAACAUGUUGGUUACCCAGUUCAACAUUCAACUUGUUUUUGGACCCAACCCACGGCAAAGCACUUGUUUUUAGCAAUUUCUGUGACAGUAACCUACAUCCUGCUGAUUCAAUAUGCAAGCUACGGUAUAUAUUUUAUGUAGAUGACAUAGAUUAUUUCUUUGAAGUGUUGGCCAAAGAAACUGGUGUGUAGAGUUCGCAAUUUGCACAGUUCUAAUUUAAAAAAAAAAAAAUACUUUGUAGUGUACCCCUGUAAACUGUGACACUUUCCAUCGAGUCGAUUUUCUGAUGUAAAUAAUGAACCUAACCUUAUGUUGUCUUGACUGAGAUGAAGUCGCUUCUUGUCCAAUGAUAGACAGAAUUUUAUUUUUUUUCAUAUGUUGGAAUCUAAUCAUUUGUGUCUUAUUUAUUUGUAUUCUUCAUUUUUAACUUGCUUAAUGGAGAGUGAAUAAAAAAACCCACUGCAUUAUGUUCAGCUUGGGGAAACAUG